AUCCUUCUGCCCAUCGUGGGGAAUGCUGCAGAGCACCUGACGGCCGUAGAUGUGGCUAUGAAGAACAAGAUGGACCUCUCCCUCGGCGUGGCCUUAGGCUCUUCGUCGCAGAUUGCCUUGCUAGUCGUUCCAUUCACGGUCUGUGCUGGCUGGGCAAUUAAUGUUCCAAUGGACCUGAACUUUCAUCCGCUGGGCACGGGCAUCCUCCUUGUCACUGUCCUGAUCGUUGGCAGCGUGACCAGCGAUGGCGAGUCCAACUGGCUCGAGGGGGCCAUGCUCAUUGCUGCUUACAUCAUGGUCGGCCUAACGUACUGGACGAUGCCUGACACCGUGUAG